GCCUCUCUCCCUCUAGAAUCAAGCGGCCGCCGUCUGCCUGGAGCCGGGACACACCCGGAUACCGGGGGCCGCUCCGGGGGUGACCGGGACACCAUGCAGAGCUGCUGUGUGUAGAGGGACAGCGUGGAUGUGAAGCAUUUAGUCAUAAAAUGUCCCGGAGGAAACAAACAACUCCAAAUAAAGUACAGUGGGAGCAGAUGUUUGCUGGACUAGAGCAGCAGGCUCGUCAAGCAAUGAUGAAAACAGAAAUCAUAAAAGAGGAAGCUUCUAUGAUGGAACCAAAUGACAGGAUGAGCAGUGACAGUGAUGAAGAAGAGACUACAAUCGAUGACCUGUCUUCUCCCGCUUCAGAAGAGGACAGCGGUGACAGAGAAGAGCCAGGAGUCAGCAGACGAAAAGAGAGCCGCUCUGUUAGUGUAGAUCCCCAGAACCUUGGCCACCUGGAUUCUGUUCUGUAUCUGUGCCCACUGUGCCAGCUGGAGUGUGAAAGUCAGGAGCAGCUUAUUAGUCACGUGUAUCAGCACACAGCUGCAGUGGUCAGUGCAAAAAGCUACCUGUGCCCAGUAUGUGGCCGCGCUCUCAGCUCUCCGGGUUCUUUGGGACGCCACCUGCUUAUACAUUCAGACGAUCAGCUUUCCAACUGUGCUGUCUGCGGGGCUCAGUUUUCCACCCUGGCCACGUUCAAUAGUGAGAAACUACCUGAAGUUUUGUCUUCGGACUCUUGGAACCAGGACGAUCACAAAACCCCCAAUGGUGUGGAAGAAAAGGACGUGGAUUUCAACGCCAUCUACCCAGCAGGAGUGUUACUCGUGUGCAACAGCUGCGUGGCCUAUCGUAAGAUGAUGUCAGCUCAGACCCCCGCGGUGCGCAAGUGGUCAACCCGCCGACAGAACGAGCCAGUACAGGCCAGGAUGCAGCGCCUGGAGCGAGAACGCACCGCCAAGAAAAGCCGGCGAGACAGCGAAACCCCUGAGGAACGAGAGGUGAGGAGAAUGAGAGACCGGGAAGCCAAGAGACAACAGAGGAUGCAGGAGACGGACGAACAGCGGGCAAGACGCCUCCAGAGGGAUCGCGAGGCCAUGCGGCUAAAACGGGCCAACGAGACGCCGGAGAAGCGUCAGGCCAGACUAGUUAAGGAGCGCGAGGCCAAGCGGUUGAAACGGCGCCUGGAGAAAAUGGACAUGAUGCUCCGGGCGCAGUUUGGGCAGGACCCCACUGCUAUGGCCACUUUAGCCGCCGAAAUAAACUUCUUUCAGCUUCCGGUGGGUAAUAACGACCUGGAACAGCAGAUCCUUGGGAAGAUUGCACUGGACGAUCAGAGUAAUGGCUCCGUUCACUGACCCGCUGACACUUUUUUUGUUUUGUUAAUCUAGUGGUAAAAGGGUAAAUACAUCCAAAUCUGCCAUUUCAGUUUGGGUGAAUGCUGGCGGUCUCUCUCACUUACUGGCCCCCCUGGA